AUGGAGAUGGACUUGACACCCCAGAAGGCCGAAGCCAUGUUUGAGGGAGAUGGUGGAUCUUACUACUUAUGGUCAACUUCUCAAGUUCCUGCUUUAGCCAGCAACAACGUUGGUGCUGGUCUCCUUGUUCUUCAACCUCAAGGCUUUGCUCUUCCUCACUACACAGAUUCUUCUAAAAUUGGCUGUGUUCUUGAAGGGACAGCUGGCAUAGUUGGGAUGGUGCUCCCAAACGCAGGAAAAGAGGUCGUUUUAAAGCUGAAGAAGGGAGAUGUAAUCCCAGUACCUAUAGGAGCACUCUCAUGGUGGUUCAACAGCGGAGAUUCUGAGCUGAUCAUUGUGCUUCUGGGUGAAACAUCUCAGGCUUAUGUUCCUGGCCAGUUCACCUACUUCAUUCUAAGUGGAACUCUAGGAAUUAUGGGAGGCUUUUCCACAGAGGUCAUAACCAAAGCCUACAAUUUGACCAACGAAGAAGCAAACAAGCUCACAAAGAGCCAACAAGGAUCUAUGAUCCUUAAGCUUCAGGAAGGCCUACACAAAAUUCCAGAACCCCAGAUGGACAAGACCAAACAGAUGGUGUACAACAUUGAUUCUGCAAAACCGGACCAUGGGAUCAAAAAUAAUGGAGGAUUAGUCACAACUGUGACUGACUUAGAUCUCCCUUUUGUUGUAGAAGUUGGGCUGCAUGUGAUCAGAGUGAAGCUUGAACCUAAUGCUACUAAGGCACCGCUCUAUCUAACCAUCCCUUCAACUCAAUUGAUUUAUGUUGCUAGAGGAAGUGGGAAGAUUGAGAUUGUGGGGUUCAACGGGAAGCUUGUGUUGGAUUCUAAGGUUGAAGCCGGUCAACUGAUAGUUGUGCCAAAGUUCUUUGUCUCUGCACAGAUUGCUGGUGAAGUUGGAAUGGAGUUCUACUCCAUCGUCACAGCAAAAAGGCCUAUGUUUGAAGAGUUAGCUGGGAAGUCAUCAAUAUGGGAGGCCAUGUCUCAUCAAGUGCAACAAGUGGCUCUCAAUGUGGAUCCUGCAAUUUUAGAGAAGCUUUGAUCUCGUCCAACCUCAAAUCUCCUUCCUCCAACUAAUUAAUCUCUUGUGCUUCAUGUUGCAUCCUACGUACGAACAUGUACGUACGUAUGUAUGUAAUGUUAUUUCUACAACAAGUCUGUAUUGUGCUUUGACUUUCUUUCAUGAAGAGUGAGCAUGCACACAUAGACACAAGUGUGACGAGUCUAAUAGUGUUAAGAUUAAGUUAAAAGAAAAUGGAUGUGUAGAACAUUGAUGCAGUAAGU